UGCGCGGAUAUACUGUCAUCAUAGUGAGUGCGCGAUAUGAUUCCACUGCACCCGCGGCACUUCCGUUCCACAGAAGUCGAUACACACGAGCUCAGGCAGUGGGGAGAUCCAGACACAAAGGAGGUUCCUGCUAAUUUCUUGUCCAAACCGGUAUGUCGGAUGAGGAGUCGCGUGUCAGCACCAGCUCUUCAUCUUCUUCCUCCAAUCAAAACAAACCGAAGGACACACCUUGCAAGAAACGGGAGAGCAAAGCCAGUAUGAGCAAGACCUCCAAGCUGCUAUCCACCAGCGCGAAGAGGCAUGUUUGUUUCUGCAGGAUUCAGAAAGAGCUGGCAGAUAUCACGCUGGACCCUCCGCCAAACUGCAGCGCUGGUCCCAAAGGAGACAACAUCUAUGAGUGGAGGUCAACCAUCCUGGGACCACCGGGCUCUGUUUACGAGGGAGGGGUCUUUUUCCUGGACAUCGCCUUCACACCUGACUAUCCCUUCAAACCACCCAAGGUAACGUUUCGGACAAGGAUCUACCACUGUAACAUCAACAGUCAGGGGGUGAUCUGUCUGGACAUCCUGAAGGACAACUGGAGCCCCGCCCUCACCAUCUCCAAGGUGCUGCUGUCCAUCUGCUCUCUGCUCACAGACUGUAACCCAGCUGAUCCCCUGGUUGGAAGCAUAGCCACCCAGUACACGACAAACAGAGCCGAGCAUGACAGAACAGCCAAACAGUGGACGAAGCGGUACGCCACAUAGGCCCAUAGAGCACAGCCGUGUGGGGGGGGAUUUCUAUUUCAGAUUUUUAGUACUUUAUUGUCUGGUAUAUUUUUUGGUUCCUGAUUUAAGUUAUCUGUGCAGAUAUGGAAAUAAAGAAAAACAAUGAAACUA